AACAAAUGGCUAAAAAAAUCAAAAUUCAUCGUCCAUAGCCAAGCUCGCGAAAUAUGGGCAGCGGGAGCACGAGCAGGAAGGAGAAAUCCUCUUCCAAAAGUCGAAGCCGAAGAAGGGAUUCUGAUGCAGCUGAGUCGCAGUCUGACUCAUAUUCCUACUCCGACGAGCCCGACAGCCGUGAUGCCUCUCCUGAAAGGAGUCGCAGCCGCAAGCGCAGAACUAGCAGCCACAGAAGCAGGAGUACCCGGCGGAGCGAUAAAGAAUCUGAUUACUCCGACGAGGAACGUCGUGGCAGCAGCAAGAAUAGGUCUUCGAGGAGAAUCACCGAAGAAGAAAUCACUGAGUAUUUGGCCAAGAAAGCUCAAAAGAAGGCUACGAGAGUUGCGAAGAAGCUAAAGGCACAGACGGUUUCUGGUUAUUCUAAUGAUUCCAAUCCCUUUGGCGAUUCUAACCUCAAUGAGAAAUUUGUGUGGAGAAAGAAAAUAGAACGAGAUGUUUCCCAAGGAGUCCCCCUGGAUGAGUUUUCAAUCAAAGCAGAGAAGAGGAAACAGAAAGAAAGAAUGGCAGAGAUUGAAAAAGUUAAAAAAAGAAGAGAGGAAAGGGCACUUGAGAAAGCACAACAUGAGGAAGAAAUGGCGCUUUUGGCUAGAGAACGUGCUCGAGCUGAGUUCCAAGACUGGGAGAAGAAGGAAGAGGAGUUUCAUUUUGAUCAAAGCAAAGUCAGAUCACAGAUCAGAUUACGUGAAGGACGUAUAAAGCCAAUUGAUGUUCUUUCCAAGCAACUUGAUGGCUCAGAUGAUAUGGAUAUUGAGCUAAAUGAACCAUACAUGGUUUUUAAAGGCUUAACAGUAAAAGAGAUGGAAGAACUACGUGACGACAUCAAAAUGCAUCUUGACCUGGACAGGGCAACUCCAACACACGUAGAGUAUUGGGAGGCACUUAUGGUGGUAUGCAACUGGGAGCUAGCUGAAGCCAGAAAGAAGGAUGCUUUGGAUCGAGCUAGGGUGCGUGGUGAGAGACCUCCAGCUGAGUUGCUUGUGGAAGAAAGGGGUCUGCAUUCUAGCAUUGAAACAGAUGUAAGCAAUCUCUUGGAAGGGAAGACCCACAGUGAGUUAGAGGCUUUCCAAUUGCAAAUUGAGUCACAAAUGAAAACUGGAACUGCAAAAGUUGUUGAGUAUUGGGAGGCUGUUCUUAAACGUCUGGAUAUCUACAAGGCUAAGGCCUGUUUGAGGGAAAUUCAUGCUAAAAUGCUGCGAAAACAAUUGCAACGUCUUGUUGAUCAACCUUUAGAGGAUGAAGACAAAAUGGAAAGUGAUCAUGGUUUAAGAUCCGGAGAGGAUAGUGAGCCUGAGUUGAAAGAUGAGGAAACAUUUUCACCGGAACCCACAGUAAAAGAAGAGACUCACGAGGCAGAAGAAGAGGCAGGAUCAUUUUCACCAGAACUAUUGCACGGUGAUGAGAAUGAAGAAGCCAUUGACCCUGAAGAGGACAGGGCUAUACUGGAAAGGAAACGAAUGGCUGUUUUUGAGGAACAACAAAGACGGAUGAAAGAAGCAAUGGCAUCUAAACCUACUCCAUCAGAAGAUAACUUUGAGUUAAAAGCAAUGAAAGUUAUGGGAGCCAUGGAGGAGGGUGAUGCUGUAUUUGGUUCUGGUGCUGAAGUCAACUUGGACUCACAGGUUUAUUGGUGGCAUGACAAGUAUCGUCCGAGAAAGCCAAAAUAUUUCAAUCGUGUUCACACUGGAUAUGAGUGGAACAAGUACAAUCAAACUCACUAUGACCAUGACAAUCCGCCUCCAAAAAUUGUUCAAGGGUACAAAUUCAAUAUAUUCUACCCUGACCUUGUUGACAAGACAAAAGCACCUACAUAUACCAUCGAGAAGGAUGGCAACAGUACAGAAACUUGCAUUAUUAGGUUCCAUGCUGGGCCACCAUAUGAGGACAUAGCAUUCCGGAUUGUAAACAAAGAGUGGGAAUAUUCACACAAGAAAGGGUUUAAGUGCACAUUUGAACGCGGAAUUUUGCAUGUUUACUUCAACUUCAAACGCUAUCGCUACCGGAGGUGAUGUGACCAAUCUGCCAUAUACCUUAUUGAGGUGGUUAAUCUGGCAGUCAACUCUCUGCAUUAUCAUAAUGUCUUGGCUCUUUGCCUCUUUGACCUCAUCACAAUAAACUAAAGAACCCCGGCAUCUCUUCAAUUGUGGAACCCUUCUGUUCCUAAAAGAUUUUGCCGCUCCUACCUGGUGUUCCCUUUGACAUUUAUAGCUAUUGUCCUGAGCAGAGGGUGGUUCCUGUAACAUUAUGGGUUUUUUUGGUUGUUUAAACAGCUAUUCAGCUGGAAUGCUUUUUAAUAUUGAAUGAUAUUUACUUGGAAAGAGACUUGAAGUUUUUAACAUUAUGUUUUAUGUAAGGAAACUGGGGUGAACCUCAUUGGCAAUAUUCCAUGUAGCCAUUAUUUGACGACGACGAUUGUUAUUGCCAACACAAGGGAAGCAAUGGAUGAUGCUGAAGCAUCAUAAAUAUUUGUAAUGACA